AUGAACGCUCAUGGACUCACAGAAAACAUCACGUCCAUCACCAGCAGCAACAGAAAUUGGAGCCCAGAUAACACAGUGAAAAAGGCUGUUACACUUCACACAGAUAUAGGAGACAUCAAAAUUGAAAUAUUUUGUGAACGCGCACCGAAAACGUGCGAGAAUUUCCUUGCCUUGUGUGCCAGUGGGUUCUACAAAGGAUGCAUCUUCCACCGAAAUAUUAAAGGCUUCAUGGUGCAAACUGGAGACCCGACAGGCACUGGCAAAGGAGGAACGAGCAUAUGGGGACGCAAAUUUGAAGAUGAAUUCAGCGAACAUUUAAAACACAAUGUUAGAGGAGUGGUCUCCAUGGCAAACAAUGGUCCAAACACCAAUGGCUCCCAGUUUUUCUUCACCUACGCCAAACAGCCUCAUCUGGACAUGAAGUAUACUGUGUUUGGAAAGAUUAUUGAUGGCUUGGAAGCAUUGGAUGAGCUGGAGAAACUCCCUGUACAUGAAAAGACAUUCCGACCGUUGACUGAAACUCGGAUUAAGGAUGUUACCAUUCACGCCAACCCUUUUGCUGGUUAGGAGGCUUCAUUCACAUUUUGCUCAAAAAUGGCUCUCUGUUUAUUAAUAUGGAAAAGGUUUCCUGAUCCAUUUCUAAUUCAUGAACUUUACAGUUGAACAUGUUUUCUAGUAAAUGAAUAUUGUCAAAUGGCUACCUUUUUGUCAUUU